CGGAUCUUUUCAGUCAAGUGUUGGCCGCGCUCCGUAGCUGUCGCCGCCGCCACAGCUCCCCCCACCCGUUUACACGUAACAACUAUCCCCCCACCACGUAUUAUUUUAUUUCGUCCUUGCUGAUUUUUACACUCGACAACGUUUUCUCUUUUUCGCAGAAAUUUAAAAAAAAUUUGAUUACGUAAAUAUCGUGUGAUUUGCAACAACAUUUUUCCAAACAAAAAUCAAGUGAAUGUGGUUUUCUCAAAAUUAAGUGCGUCCAAGUGUGUUGUUGUCGUCUGUCUGGAUGUUGUUGGGGGAAAACGCGUGGUCGGAGCGAACGAACGAACUUUUUUCUUUUCCCCCUAUUUUUAUUUUGUCACGCGGCCAUCUGGAUUAAUCUAAGAAAAUAGUCACGUUGAUUUUGUGUGUGUGUGUGCCGUGUGUGUCGUGUUGGAAGUGACUUUGAACCGAGAGCUGAAAGUAAAAAAACGACCCCAAAAAAUGUCUCCAAUGCAAAUGUUUGGACGUCUAGUAGACGUGAGUCGAGUGAAUUUAAUUAGCAGAUGUGGCGUCAUGUUGUUGGCGAUGACUCUGUUGACGCAGAAUUUCAUGGCCGGAGCCUUACCGGCGUCGGGAGGAAGCUGCGAUUCGGUCCGUGAUGUCAUGACGUCACUCAAACUGGCUCAGACCGCCAUGGUUAGUGAAUCGCCUGUCGCAGGUGGAAACGGUUUGGUUUGCGAGGGAGAGCGGACGUGUUGCCCGGCCAAUGUCGAGUCUGCCCUGCGCCAUUCGGCCGCAUCGGAUUUCCAUCACGCCGUCCGCCAGUCGAGCCAUCAACUGCGGCACACGUUGACCCAGUCGUCUACUGCCAUCCAAGGUCAAGUUGUUCAACACGUGAGAGCGUCGAUGAUGAAGACGCAGACAAUGUUUGGCCAACUCUACAAGAGACUGGCCCUCCUGGCCAAGGAGCCGAUCCAGCAGCUGUUUGAUCAAUUGGAGCGAUUCGUUUCGCCUCCGGCCGAUGGUGGCGACAGUGGCGGUGAUCCGGCGGACGUCAGUGACGCCGUCAACGGAUUUUUCGACGAUUUGUUUCCCAGACUGUACGGCCAGAGUCCCAGGAGCGUCCAGGGCCCCUCGCUGCCGGCCGACAGCUUUGGCCAGCGUCUGCCGCAGGACUAUGUCGACUGUUUGCGGCACGCCCAGUCUGAAUUGCGCCCGUUUGGCGAGAUUCCACGACGGCUGGCCAACAGCCUGGCCAGGAGCCUGGACGCGGUUCGCUCUCUACUUUCCGCCCUGGACCUGGGCGCCCGCGUCCUCAACGCCACGGAUCACGCCGAAUUGAACGGCCAAUGCCGCGACGCUCUACUCCGGGCCACUUACUGCGCCCAGUGCCGGUCGUUGAAGCGCCAACCGACGACAACGACGACAACUUUAGUCAACAACAGCGGCGGCCAAGUCUGUCGCGGCCUCUGCUCCAACGUGGCCCGCGGAUGUUUGGCGGCCGUGGCCGACGUGGACCAGCCGUGGAACGAGUGGGUGGACGCAAUGGAGCGUCUAGCGGCCGCUCUGCUCAACAAGGCCGGCGCCACCGUGGCCGAUCUGGGCCCGCACGACAUUCUCUCGUCCGUCGACAGCCGAUUGUCCGAGGCGGUUCUCUACGCCCUGGAAAACGGGCCGCUCCUUGAAAAGAAGGUCAAGAAAAUGUGCGGUGAAAACGGGACGGGCAAAGAUGGAGCCUCCUCUUCCGGCGACGAUUCGGCUACUUUGGACGCUGAAUCGUCGUCGUCCGUUUCGCCUUUGGUGGCCGUCCAGCCGCAGCCCGUUGAAGAUUUGAGUCCCGUCCUGGAAGGCGGCCAAGGCGGCGGAUUAAAGUCGCGACUCGAGUCGCUCCUGCCCAUGUUGGCCGCUGCCCGCGGUUUCUAUUCCAACUUGCCGGACGCUGUUUGCACCCAACCGGGGACGCCUUUCCAGGCCGUCAUGAGCGACGACCAGUCAAACUGCUGGAACGGCCAGAGAUUUGCAGAGUACACUAAACCCAUUUCCGGGAUUGGCAUCGGAGCUCAGAAAUACAAUGCGGAAGUUCGAGUGUCUAGAAGUGAUGUCGAUUCACAUCUGGUCCAGCUCAGCGAUCGGCUUAGACACGUCAGACAGGUUUUGAUUAGUAAAACGGUGGCAGCUCCCGAACCCGACUCUUUGGUGAUGGCGGAUUUCGGAUCAGGAUCGCCAGAUGGUGGAAGCAACGAAGGUUCUGGCAACGGCGCCGGAACUGGCAUGGGAGGCGGACACGGCCGAGGCGGAUGGGAUGGAUCUGAUUCGGAGCCGGAUGAUGAUGGCACUGGAGGAGUUGGACACGGAUUUCCCGAUGGCGAUCUGGACGGUUCCGGCUCCGGCCAGGGACCACACCCUGGCGGCGACUGGGAGGACAGCGAGAGCGGCGGAGGCGGCGGAAGCCAAUCCAAGAAACCGGGAACUGACGACAUUGAAAUCAACGGUGAAACGACGCCACGCGUCACAGUCAACGGACCGACGGGAGGAGGAGCUGGUGGUGGAGCGGCCGCAGGAGGAGGAGGAGGAGGAGCCGGAGGAAGUGGAGGCAGUUCCGGAAGCAGCCGGACAUCAAAUAUCUUGUCGUCUGCCUUGCUUGCUCUCUGCCUCAUCGUGGCUCUCAGAGUCUCAUCCAGCUUCCGGCCAUUUGUAUAGAGAAUCUUAACACACACACACCCAACACUCUUCCCCACCCACUGCACACACAAAACACACUACACAGACACUUUUUUAACAAAUUGAAUGCAAUAAUCGGUACUUUUUUUUUAUUUUUUAUUUUAUGACUUUUGACCCCUCCCCCCUCGCUUACAAUUUACAUUCAAGUCUAAAAAAAAGAAGAAAACUUAAACAAAUUAAUUUUUUUUUUUGGCCCAACUUUUUUUCAAAUUUGAAUAUAUUUAUAUAUAAAUGACACACACACACACAAACACAAACACACAUUAUAAAUAAGUAGGUGUAGCGCUCGUGUGAUAGCAAAGCCUCGCAUGUGUUGCCUGUGCGGUGUGUGUGUGUGUGGAUGGGAGGGGAAAGAGGAAUUUAUUUCGGGGGUCGGAACAGACGCCACCGCCAUCUAGCGUUCGCUUUGGUUAUCUCACACACACCCCUCUUCAUCUCUCAAUUCUCUUUUUUUUAUUAUUCAUUUCAAUUAAUUUAAUGUCGAAAAAAUGAAUUAAUACUUUCACAUUCACUUGACGACGUUUGAUAGCUAAGGCGUCCGCGUGUGUAUGCAAAUAAUGACUAAUGCUGAUACUUAGUAAUACUAAAACAAGAAUGGAAACAAAUAAUAAUAAUAAUUCAGAAGGGAUUGCAGAUUUUUUUUUUUUUAGUUUUGGGUGGGAAAAGGGGGGUUUAUUUGAGGGGGAAACAAAAUUUGGGGGGCAUGACCCGACUUCCGUCCAGCAAAAUAAUUGAAUUCAAAUAUUUGCUCUGUAUUUGACGACGACAGCAGCCAUCGAAGAUGAUUCCCUCCUCUUUUUAAUAAUUUUUUUGAAAAAUAAUAAGCAAUUCGUUCGCGUUAGAUUCCACACAUUUUUUAAAAUAAAAAGUUAAAAAUUAAGAAUUGAUUUGGAAAUAGUAAAAAAACGGGAAUUGCGCGACCCCCGAGCCCCUAGUCAGUGCAACAAAAGUUCUGUCGCGCGCCAAGGGUCAACAAUUUGAAACAAGGAAGGAACAAUUGAGAGAGAGAUUUGACAUUGAAUGGGAUCGAAUUUAAUGGACUACACUAAUAGCACUACUACCAUUACUAUUACUUACAAAAUCUCAUGCCCCACUAGAUUUUUAAAAAAUAAAAAGACGCUUUCUUUUUAAAUUUUGUCGUGAACAAAAAACUAAACUUGGAAAAAUGAAUUUGGAACUGGAAAAGUGAUUGAAUUCCGAUUAUUUCCCCACCACAUUUUCUCUGCGCUUUUCUUGAAAUAUCCGCGUUUGAAGCGCACGACACCAAUUAAAAAAAAUAAUAAUAAUUUCCCGCGUUUUGAAAGAGAAAAAUGUUUUUCCUUCCCCGUUGUAAUUUGCAUUAAAAAAAAAGACCCAAAAUUAAUUUUUUGGUUUGAACAAUUUUUUUUUCUGAAUAAUUAUUUAGUGUAUUAUUAAUUGAUUAAGACCGUGCCAAAUUCGAUUCAUCCUCGUUUAAAGGCUCUCCACACUCCCUUCUGAUUUGGUUGGUGAAAAAUAUGCAAAAAUCGAUAAAUGAAUUUUUGUGUUUUCUUUUUUUGAAUUGUAUUGUACAGUCCCCUCCUUCAUGUUUCUAUUUUUUUCGAAUUACUAUUACAUUUUUCUACAUUCUUUUUUUUUUCCGCAAAAAAAAAAUUAAAAUUAAAAAACAAAAAAAAAAUAAUUUUGAAAAAAAAAAGAAAUUGCGACGUUGUUUAAUGGUGAAAAAAAAAAGAAAUUGUUUUGUUCUCUCGGAAACAAAGAACUUGUUCAUUUUUGUUGCUGUUUUUAAAAAAACAUUCAAAUUGUGUCUUUUGUCUCUUUCUCUCUCUCUCUCCUUUUUGAUCGAUUUGUUUCUUUUUUGCUCGUGUUUCCCUCCUCCUCCGUUCGUGGAAUGCGUGAAAUGUGAUACCGCCGAAUGUGGACGAUCGAGCUCGAUCUUGUAUGUAAAUGUGCUGCGUGCGGAUGACGAAGAAAAAGAAGAAGAAAAUAACAAGAACAACAACAACACACAACAACCAACCAACAACAACAAUAAUAAUAAUAAAUAUUGAAAUGAAAAUUGAAUCGAGGGGCCGUCUAGAGUCCCGAUCUUUUUUGUUUUUGAUGGAAUUUGUAGAAUACAACAACACAAAAAAUGAUGAAAAUUGA